AUGGAUCAAUUGAAUGACUCGCAGAUCAAGGAGUUGGCUAAGUCACUUACAAGUAAAGAGGCAGCACAGGAGAUACUACACAACUUUCUUCCGCUGCUUCAUACUAGGCUACAAAGUUCGAACACUGGUCUAAGACAUCGACGCAUUGACUUGUUGUCCAGGGCGCUUCUGCCAUCAGACUUUAAACAAUGGUUGGCAAUAGAAACAAGUGGCGAUGGCAGCUGCCUGUAUAACGCUGUUUCUCUGUCAUUGGUGGGUGAUGAAUCUCUUUCAGCUCUUCUGCGUAUGCUAACCGUCUCCGAGCUAUUUGCCAACGCUGAGUUUUAUGCCAAUCAUCCCCAAAUCAAAGAGUUUGCCUCAGCCUCUGGCUAUACAAACUCAGCCAUCAUAAGCAUUUUCCUCAGUGAACAGAAGUCAUUAGCAAGUUAUAAUGGUGACUGCAGCAAAGUUGUUCAAGCAAUACAGGUACUUGCUCAAGAAACAGCAGAGCCCUCUGUUUAUUCUCGGCAAUUCCACAUCUUAUCCCUCGCAUCUGUAGUUGGCAAACCUAUUUUUGCAGCAUAUCCAGAUAUUCAAUCAGUUUGGGCAAUAAAGUUGGCUUGCCAUGGGUAUUUUUAUCCAAGAGAUGUCUUUGCAAGUGACGUAAAUCCAGAAACAUUAAAGAAUGCCGUCAUCUUCGUUAUGUGGACCAGAACCAACCGAAUACCCCUUCUUGGCUGGGAACCCAACCACUUUGUUCUUCUUAAAGAGGCCAACUCAAUUCCUUUAACCAAGAGUUAUGCCCAAGUUGUUGCUAACGGUAAACCAAAUAUAGCAGCAUAUUCCACAUUCCCUUCAAAACAAACUACGGGUAAUGCAACUUACACGAAGGCACCAGAAAAUGUCCAGACCCCUAAAACACAAGGAAAAAGCGAUACAUGGGAAGAUGCCACACCUUCCAAAAAGACAGCUACACCCGACGUGCCUAUGUGGCAGAAUUCAACCGACCCCACUUCUCCCACACCCGCCCGGCAGAAGUCAACAAACUUUACACCUCCCGAAAAGCACGCUAAAUUUACCACGCCACCUACCUGGCAGAAUUCGUCAGACUCUACAACUCCCGAAAAUCAAGCCUCAUCCACCACACCCCCUGCCUGGCGAAAGUCAACAGACACCACUUCUCCCAAAAAAAGAGCCUUCAUGCCCCCCACCACACCUAACUGGCAGAAGUCAACAAACUUCAUACCUUCCGAAAAGCACGCUAAAUCUACCACGCCACCUACCUGGCAGAAUUUGUCAGACUCUACAACUCCCGAAAAUCAAGCCUCAUCCACCACACCCCCUGCCUGGCGAAAGUCAACAGACCCCACUUCUCCCCAAAAAAGGUCCUUCACGCCCCCCACCACACCUAACUGGCAGAAAUCGACAAACUCCACACCUCACAAAAAGCACGCUACGUCCACCACACCUGCCCGGCAGAAGUCAACAAACUUUACACCUUCCGAAAAGCACGCUAAAUCUACCACGCCACCUACCUGGCCGAAUUCGUCAGACUUCACACCUCCCGAAAAGCAAGCCCCAUCCACCACACCUACCUCGCCGACCUCAACAAAUCCCAAGCCUCCCAAGAAGCGCACUGCAUCCAACACACCUCCCUGGCAGAAAUCGGCAGGCCCCACUUCUCCAAAAAAGAAAACAACCAGUCAUAGUGAAAAAUUACACUUUGGAAUUUACUCCACCCCACGAGUGAGGCGAGUGAAGCGAGGGUCCAGUACUGGAAAACAUUCAGAAGAUAAAAGAAAACUGGACGAGAAAGAGAACAACCGGCCUAUGAAGAACAAAAAUCUACUCUUGUUUUUUACGAAACAAAAAAAAGAGGAUACACCGAAGUACUCUGGGCAAAAGGGGGAGCAGAGUACAGAAUCUAUCGAGAAGGCCGCUGAAUGAGGGGAGGAGGAGACCACAGAAGAGACUUUAAAGAACUUUGGACGUGAGGAGGAGGUAAGGACAGUCGAACAGACAAUAAAGGAUUAUGGUAGUGAUGACGAGGAUGAUGGAGUGUUAUUUCCACUUCGUGGCCCAGGCUUUGAGUGGUAUUUGGACAAGGGCGUGAAAUUGAAAGCAAACGUAGCAAGAACAGAAGAACGAAUGAAAAACACAGUCAUAAUGGAAAAUAAUGAGAUGAAAGGACUCAUGAGGGGAGCUGCAACAGGGUCACUGAGUGAAAAUGUCGAUGUACUUAUGGACAAGUUAAGCUCUGCUGGAUCUUCAAAACAGCAAGACCAUAUGAGCGCAAUGAUAUCCAUUGCUUACUUCAUAAUGAAUAACGGACUUAUCAUUCCCACUCAGGUUCUUGCAGAGAAGUAUAAGGAAGUGAAAGGUUUGAAGGAGUCCACUCGCAUUGAAUCUGCACGUUUGCUGGAGGUGUUGACCAAGCAUUUAAACGUCGUUCAAAUUUAUAUAGACGGAAGGGGAUAUAUUUUAGAAAACCGUGGCCUCGAAAUGGAGAAGAUCUUGGACUCUUUAAAGAAUGUCCAAAGAAACGAUCAAUUAACUGUCAACAAAAAAGUGGAGGAGGCGAUUGGGUCUAAUUAUGAGACAUUAAUGGAAUAUCUAGACAGCAAGCGAGACAGAGAUACUCUAAAGGCAGUGUUGACUAAGGUGACAAGUGUCAACUUGAUGACCAGACUGGCAAGUGUACAGGACAAAAGGAGCUUUCAACGGGCUAAAGGUCUGGUGGGUCAGAAUUUGGAACUUUUUAAGGACAUGAAAAACAAAUUAAUGGCCGAUUCUGGUUCACUUAGUGACGCACAGAAAAAGAAGAAAAAUCGCCUUCUUCAAAGCAUGAAACUUGAAAAGCUUCGUCAUAUCUUCAAGGGAAGGGGAAGAAGGUUAAAAUGUGAGGAAUUCCCAGACCUUGCUGCUAUUUUGGAAUUUGCCUUUGGAGAAGGAGAUCGAGUAGAUAGAGCUGAAGGUGGUUUAGAAAGCCAUCCCAGACUUACCGAUACCGUGCUUUACCGGGCUGCCGACAACAAUACCGUCACGAGACAGGCAAGAGAAACCGUUUUAGCUCUGGCUCCUGAGGGAUUCAACAUCAGCCUGUCGUCUUGUUUUAAUUAUACACAAAAUUAUCGGGAAGGGACUUACCAAGCCAGGAGACACCAUUCUGGUAGGGGAAUAAAUGCUUGUUUGGCUCUUCACAAACCCCCUCGCACUGGAGUGGAACAAUUUGUCAUCAAUCUGCACUGGUCCACGCAAAAUGUUAACCUAACACUAGAUUUAUCUCAUGCAUACCCCGACAACAUUCUAGUUGAUUCCAAAGACGCCAAAGCGAAGAUCCAUGCCGAUGUCUCUCCCGUGCAAAAACCAGGAAAAACGUGGCGAAAGAUCAUUUUACCAGACCACGACUGGAGCAGAUUAGCUCAUAAUGCCAUUACCCCUAUGACUCAUCUUUUCUUGAAAACGGAGACCAUUUUGGAAGAAGAAGAGGAGAACAAUAUUUUACACAAUGUUCGAAGGACAGGAACAGCAGCCACCCUUUUGAACUUGUCUUAUUUCGAGCCAGAGACCAUCCAAAGAGUCUUCAAUGAGCUUUUCCUUCUUCUCAAUAACCCUGCACUGGACCAUUUGUUUCGAAAUCCAAAGACUAACAAGCUUAAGGAACAUUUUGUGUUUGUGGUGGACAAUGGUCCCUCUGAGGCUCCAGCAAGUCCUCUGGUAAGAAUGUGGUUGGUUCGUUUGGCAAGACUGCUUCAAUUAAAGACUGUCACCCAGAAGUCGUUUGCAGAGUACAAUAGCAAAAGAAAC